UUCCAAUCUUGACUGACGGGUUAGAAUACUUUUCCCGUUUGGAACAUACGACGUCCCUCUGACUGUCUGGAUAGCUUGACCCUCUGCCACAGUCUACAUCUACGGAAAGACUUUCCAGUAUUGCUGAGUGAUAGCGUGGCGUCCCACGUCAUAGCAGGGACACUAGAGGGUCCCCACUCCAUUAACUGUGAAGCGCUGCUUGCAGCGGCUUCUGGAGCUGUUACGAUAACUGCUUGAAUGUACUCACUCACAUAUAAGUAUAUAGCUAACAGUUAAAUUCUCAAUUGGCCAUAACCAUGUCAUUCAAGUCAAAAAAUCUCGCCUACGAGGCCAAAGAGCCGGCUUUUCUACAGAGACUCAGGAACCAGUAUGGAGACAACUCGGGUCGUCUAGAGAGACCAGUUGCUCGGGCCCGGAAGCCGCGCGAAGAGCACGACGACGACGGGCCGACCUACGUCGACGAAGAGAGCAACGACAUCAUCUCUAAAGAAGAAUAUGAAGCUUUAGUGCGGGGGAAUAAAUCCACUGAAGAUGGCGAUCACCCCGAGAAGGACCAGGACAAGUUUGCAGAGCCCGCUGGGGAGGGUAGUAAAUCAGGCGCUGAGGGCGAGGCCGAGGCGUCGGUCUCCAAGCAGAACAUCGCCGAAAUAGGCGGACCACGGAAGAGGAAACAGGCCAAGGUCAUCGGGGAAGAUGCUCCAGCAGCAGAAAGUGAAGAGAAGACGAAUACCAAAAAGAAGGACUCGGGCGUGCGGAAAGCAAAACAGAAGAAGAUCAAGCUCUCUUUCGACGAUGAUGACUCAUGAUGAUGAAUGUCGAGUCACGAACCUGGACCAAUGCAUGAUACCCCA